AUGUCAGCAAGGCCGUCGUUAGCGCCAUACAGUCGUCUUCUUGAAGAAGAGGCUGUUAAUGAAAUUACGCAUCCACACCAUGACUCUGAGUUGCUUGACGAUUUGGAGAAAAACUCAAAGGUUACCUUGUUUCUAUGGUGGCUUGCUGUAGUUAUUAGCCUUGGUGGAUUUCUAUUUGGAUACGAUACAGGGGUGAUAAGCAGUGCAAUGCUAUUGAUCGAAAAGGAUUUUGUAAUGACUGCUUUCGAAAAAGGAAUGAUUGUUGGAGGAACGACAAUGGGUGCAUUUUUUGGUGGUCUCGGUGCUGGGUAUAUAUCUGACACGUCAGGGCGUCGCUUUACGCUAGUUCUUGCAUCUGUGAUCUUCGUUUUAGGCGCUAUUAUUCUGGCAUUUUGCAAUUCUUAUGGAGCUCUUAUGCUUGGAAGAAUAAUCGUGGGACUGGGCGUGGGAUUAGCUUCAAUGGUUGUCCCUUUGUACAUUAGUGAAAUAUCUCCCAGAUAUUCCCGUGGAAGAUUAGUCACAGUUAAUGUGCUCAUGAUCACCGGCGGACAAGUCAUAGCGUAUUUUGUCGGUGUUGCUUAUGUCGACGCACCAGACGGUUGGAGGUGGAUGUUUGGUCUAUCAGCACUACCAGCCAUAUUCCAACUAAUUGCGCUUCCAUUUAUUCCUGAAAGUCCAAGAUAUUUGGUGCGGAAUGGGUCUCCAGAAGGCGCAAAGGGUGUAUUAAGGCAAAUAUAUCCAGGCGCUCCGGAAUCCUUUGUAAACGAAGAAAUUGCUGUAAUUCGCGAAACUUUGUCUGUGGAUGCUAACGGUUCAUAUAGAGAUCUUGUUCGUUACCCAAACUUUAAGCCAUUGAUUAUUGCGUGCGGUUUACAAGCGAUCCAACAAUUGAGUGGAUUUGAUACUGCUAUGUACUAUGGGGGUACUAUUAUGAAAAUGGCGGGUUUCGAGACCGCAAAAAGUGCUGUUAUAGUAUCUAUAUCAGUUGCACUGACAAACUUCGCCAUGACAGUCGCCGCAUUAUACAUUAUCGAUACAAUCGGACGCCGCCAAAUUCUUCUUUCUACGAUGCUUUGUAUGAUUUUUGCGCUUCUGCUCCUUGGCUUUAGUUUCAUUACUAUAACAGGUUUUGUACCAAAGCAACCAAGUUGUACAGAUUAUGGACCAAGCUGUGGAGCAUGUCGACUAGAUGAAAGAUGCAACUUUGAUAUAAAACUUGGGGUUUGUAAUGACGCAGGCAGCAUUCAGUCCACAGAAAUACCGAUUGGUUGCUCCGGAGGGAGUCGAAUAAGCAGUCUCUUGGCCAUAGGAAGUUUGGUUUUCUAUGUGGCUUCUUACGCACUUGGCUUGGGACAUGCACCAUGGUUAAUACAGAGUGAAUUGUUUCCAUUGAAUGUGCGCGGAAGAGCGAACGGUGUUGCGACAGCGACAAAUUGGAUAUGUAAUCUAGCAAUAGCUGUAACGUUUUUGCCAUUGACCGAGACUAUUACUGCGUCAGGGACUUUCUGGCUGUAUGCCACGAUCAUGUUGUUUGGCUGGAUCUUUGUAUACAGGCUAGUCCCAGAGACCAAAGGAAAAAGUCUAGAAGAGAUCCAAGACCUAUUCACGGAAUCAACAUGA